AUGCCCCACUUCGUUGCAGCAACAACCUUCGUUCGUUACACACGUUCCACACUGCUUACUGGCUCUUUGCUACAUUCCCCACCCCGUUUCCGCUUAGCAAGUACGAUGUCGAUUCCGUCCAAGAUGAAAGCAUGCCAGAUCCGAGAGCAAGGCGGACUCGAUGUCAUUCAAGUCACAGAAGUCGAUGUGCCUCAGCCCGCUAAAGGUCAAGUUCUGUACGAAGUCCAAUGGGCCGGGUAA